GCCGGGCCAGCCCCGGUAGAUGGGUUGAGUCUGUGCGAGGAUUUUCCGUCCUCUGUUCUGUGGCACAAACAUCCUGACGUCUCGGGUGGGAUGGGAAGGGCAAGUGUUCAGGUGUUCCCGGAAGGGUCAUCUCUGUCCUGGUCUUUGAAAGAAGGGUUGGAGUCUUCCCUUCAUUGUUGGUCAAAGGAGGGAGCAGCGUGUCCCAGAGGAUGGACAGCAGUUUGGAUGAUGGUUGGGCCCUAGGACACUGUGGUCGGGGAGAAGCAGCCAGGAUGAGGACCCUUGAAUGUCAGACCAAGGAGCCAGGCUUUAGCCUGGAAGCAGGGCUGAGUAGGGCGGAGGCCAGCGGUAUCUGUCUGGUGGGACAUAGGAACCCUCAGCUAGAGUCCUGAGAACGGAAAGCAGAGGGGCAGGAGGUGAUAGGAUUCCAGGGGAAGGCAGACGAGGACUGAAAGAAGAGUCUGGUAUAAGACCACAACCCAGGCAUGGGUAGGACAAUUAGGAGAAGUGAAGUCCCACUGUAUUUACCCUCCAUGUGUGCCCGACCCCCACCCCCACCCUGCUCCCUCCUGCACUCAUGACUGUGCCUUCCUUGGUACCAGCAAGGGUCUCGGUCAGUCCUUUGAUGGUAUAAUGGGGAGGGGCUGCGCAGGAAAAGGUGAAUUCCCAAAGUGUUCAGUGUUGAUGUAGACAGAUCUGGGACCAUUGACUCUGGUACCAACCUCUGCUGUCAGUGCCAUGAUUCUGACCCUCAUUGCAAACCUGCCCAGUGUAGUAUCCAGGAGAACUUGGUUAACAAUUAGUACAUAGAUGGUGACUGAGCCCAAGGGUAGAGCCAGCAGUUAGAUGGCCAAGGAAGAGGUAAGGGCCCACAUGGGCUACUGUAACGUACUCCUGGAAAAAGUCACUUAAAUUUCUGCCCUCCCCUUGUUUUGGGGGACAGGCUGUAUGCCUUUUUGGUCUGAGAAGUCAUCCCUCAGCCCAUCCACCCAUCUGCCCCCACCUCCCCAGUCUAGACCUGGGUUGCAGACCCCCUACCUAGGGCAUGACUUCUUCUUGACUACUUCAUCUUGAACUCCUGGAAAUUUCCCAUCCCUCUCAGGGUAAUUUGGCUGGGGAAGACACUUCCCAUCUGUUAAAUGGGAUCUAGGGACCUGACCCAGGCAGAUAAGGUAUCCUGGGGUAGACUUUUUCAAGGGCUUUUCCUUCCAGGUUAUAGGGGAUGCCCAGGUACCCAAAGGCAACCUGGAAGUAGAGACUGACUUCAAGAUAUCACCAAAAGUCCCUACUGGAACUUUCCUGCCCUUCCCUCCAAGAUUAACUGAACCCUGCUAAUUGUGGCGGUCCUCACAUGUUCCCCUCCCCCACAACCUCCUCCUCUCACCCCUCCCCCUUCCAUCAGAAUGAUAAAGAAAGGGACUGGCCUGCCAGUCCCAGCAUGGCCUCUGGCUGGGACCCAACCUCGACUUCCAGUCCAUCUGCCUUGGGUCCCUUGUUAGGACAGACCCCAGCCCAGGGCUGCCUCCCUUGCAUGGGGCCUUGCAACAACUCUCAUCUGAGGUCUCCAAAGGCAGAGUCUCCCCCCAAGAGGAGGAAGAAGAGAUACCUGCGGCAUGACAAGCCCCCCUACACCUACUUGGCCAUGAUCGCCUUGGUAAUUCAGGCCGCACCCUUACGCAGGCUGAAGCUGGCUCAGAUCAUCCGUCAGGUUCAGGCAGUGUUCCCCUUCUUCAGGGACGACUACGAAGGCUGGAAGGACUCCAUCCGCCACAACCUUUCCUCUAACCGGUGCUUCCGUAAGGUGCCCAGGGACCCUACAAAGCCCCAGGCCAAGGGCAACUUCUGGGCGGUGGAUGUGAGCCUGAUCCCAGCAGAGGCGCUGCGCCUUCAGAACACUGCCCUGUGCCGGCGAUGGCAGACCCGGGGCACACCCAGAACUUUCGUCAAGGACCUGAGCCCCUAUGUGCUUCAUGGCCGGCCUUACCGGCCGCUCAUUCCCUCACCACCAUCCAGGGAGGGUUUCAGCAUCAAGUCCCUGCUAGAGGACCCUGGGAAAGGACCAACACGGCCCCAGCAACCUGCGCUUGCUGGGCAGAGCAGCUCAGCUCAGGCAGGCACCUGGUCCAAGGGGGAAGAAGGGGUGUGCACUGUACCCCCUAACUCCUCUGAGAAGCCUCUGUGGCCCCUCUGCUCCCUUCCUGGGCCCUCAAGAAUAGAGGGGGAGACUUCCCAAGGGGAAGUCAUCAGGCCUUCUCCCCUUCCCCCAGAGCAAGGCACCUGGCCUGUUCACUUACUUCAGGGUUCCCCAGAUCCCAUGGGAAUGACCAACGACGGGUGCAGAGCUUCCUUGUGGGGUCAGCUACCCACCUCCUACCUGCCUAUCUAUACUCCCAACGUAGUAAUGCCCCUGACCACACUACCUCCCACCUCGUGUCCCCAGUGCCCACCUUCAACCAGCCCAGCCUACUGGAGUGUAGGUACUGAAUCCCAAGGAUCCCAGGACCUGCUCUGUGAUCUAGAUUCCCUCUUCCAGGGAGUACCACCCAACAAGAGCAUCUAUGAUGUGUGGGUCAGCCACCCUUGGGAUCUGGCGGCUCCUGCCCCAGGCUGGCUGCUCUCGUGGUACAGCCUGUAAUAGUUCAAGGCAGGCAGGGGCUGCUUUUCCCUUCCAUGCCUGGAUACCAUUUUGAUGGAGAACCAGAGCUAGGAGCAUGUCCACAGCAACAGCUUUAAAACACCAGGCACAGCCUUGCUGAAAACCC